AUGACCCAUUGUGUGCACCUGCUGCAGAACACUCGUCCUCACAAGGCACCCAUCAAGCUUGUGGGGGAGAUAGUGCUUAGGCCACUGAUCCAUGGACAUGCCAGGAGCCGGUCUGUGAUCCUCUCCAAUGUGCUCUAUGUCCCUGCUCUGUCACACAAUCUGAUCUCCACUACAUACCUGUCAGUUCACCAUGACUACACUGUGCUCAUGAAGGAGAACUACAUCCUGUUCAAGCGCAAUGGUGAAGUGUACUUUGUGGCAGACAUCUCAGAGCAGGGUCAGGCAUUUGUGAGAGAGACUGUCAUGGAUAAAGAGCUAGUUACUGGUGUGAGGCUUGCCUCUGCCAGGAAGCCAGACCCCAUCUGUGAGCCAUGCCUCUUUGGCAAGCUGAAUGCUGGCCUGUUUCCCUCAACUGGUCAUCGUUCUGGAGCGCCUCUUGAUCUCAUUCACUCUGAUCUAAAGAGCUACUCUGUGCCCACCCGCGAGGGCUGGAAGCACAGGGUGACUUUUGUUGAUGAUCACACUGGCUUCAAGGUAGCAUACCAUAUGAAGAACAAGAGUGAGACCUUUGCAGCCCUUAAGAUGUUUCAAGCCUAUGCUGAGACUCACUGGGGGCUGAAGAUCAAGGCAUUCCAGGACGAUAAAGGGGGAGAGUGUUGA